AUGACGGGAUCGAACUUGGCCGAUAUGCAUCCGUCGGCCACUCCGGGAAAGAAUUUUUAUGACCAAGUGGAUGAUGGCAGUCAAUCAGGUUCGGAGGCUGCAAGCAAUGCAACGAGUCCAGGAGCUGGGAAAGUCGGAUCCGCGCCGGGGAAAAAGAAGUCAGGGAGGAGGCCUAGACGGAAAAAGAAGUCGCACGCACCGGCUUCCCAGUCUGAACAGGGUCAGGGAAGGCAGGAGCAGCAGCAGCAGCAGCAGCAAAAGCGAGAACAGCAACAAAGCUCAUCAUCGCCAAAACAACAAGAUGCAAAUUCCUCAGCUGCUCAUGCGCAAUCCAAAGCAACACCAAAACCAGGUCCAAGCGCCACAGCCGAAAUUAACAAGUCCCUUUCCGUCGCCAUGAUGGCCAGCCCUAUCUUCCAGCUACCGUUCCCGUUGAUGUCGGUUCUCGGCGUCACUUUGCUCGCUGGCCAGGGAAAGCCUUCUAGUGAGAAGAAGGGCGACGGUUCAGCCAAUAUGAUAGGCUGAAGCCCUGGUUUGCUUCUCAUCCUGGGGCGUUGGAGAUGUCCUUUGUUGAUGGGAUUUAAUGCAGGAAUCUCAAGCAGCCUCGGCACUCUAUGGAGGAUCCGUCAUACCUCCCCGUUUGAGCUAUCCUGGCAUAUUUCCAAGAAGUAGUAAGCGGUAAAAUAACACUGA